GAAGCUGUAAACAUUGAUACAUUAAUACACUAGACUAUUCAGCUCUUCUACUAGCUCUCCCGUAGCCUUACACUUCGUCAUUUCUGGCAGAAUAAUGAUCAACAAAAGGCGGUGAACAUAACUUUUUCCCAAUCCCUCCAAAUUCCGCAGCCUUCCCCAAACUUCCACUCCAUCAAGGACUUUUACUCAAAACCGCAUUUCUCGCAACCCAUCAACCAGUCCCCAAUCCUUUGAAACAAGUUUCUACGAGCAGAAGAAGAUUUCGCGAUUCCAAAUCUCCAACCAAAGCCCUUUAUUCCCAUCCAAUCAAGAAUCACGACCAGCCUCAAAGACGUCACAAUGUCUCUCAAAGUCUCCUCCUUUUCAGCCUUUCGCGCUCUAUCUCUCUCACGCCACACAACCUGCAAAGCAGCCCCUCGAAUCUGCGCUCCAAAACCAACACAAAUACUUUUCCCCUCCCACAGCACACAGCCCACCACCCGCACAUACGCCACCAAACCCCUCACCUCCCCUCCUCUUCCACGCCCACCCCGCCCCGCGCCCCCAACCCUCCUACGACUUAACAUUCACCUGUACACCCUGCUCAGCCCGCAGUACGCACCGCAUAUCAAAGCAAGGCUAUCAUUCCGGUUCCGUGCUCAUAACCUGUCCCUCGUGUAAAAAUCGUCAUGUAAUAUCCGAUCAUCUGGGUAUCUUUGGCGAUCGCAAAUUGACGAUUGAGGAUUUGAUGAAGGAACAGGGGAUGUUGGUUAAGAAGGGGACGUUGAGUGAGGAUGGGAAUUUGGAGUUUUGGAAUGAUGGGACGAGGACGGAGAGGAAGAAGGAUAAUGAAAGCGGGGGGGAGGGGAAAGAGGGAGAAGGGAAUGCGGGGAUUGAGGGGCCGGCGAAUUAGGACUACUGGAGAUAAUAGGGCUUUUACUGGUUGCUUGUGGCCCUGACCUGGACUGGAAAUUUCGAGACUUACUGGCAAAUAUCCACGCAGAAGGCACCGUAAGUAACCAACAGCUAGACGAAACCCUCAAAGGCAACCUCAACAACAAACCAACAUCGGAAAGACAUCCCGAAAUACCACACAAUCAAAACCAACAACCUAAAACUUAGCAAGACGGAUAUAUUGUAUAAAAUCUCUAGCAUCAUGAAUUGAACCAAUGAUAGAAGCCCAGGAAUGUACGAUAGCACAUAAAUAUACAGACACGUCUCCAACAAAACAGAGACAAAUAUCUCCCCCCUCACAAACCCAUUCUCUUAUUUAUUCUCCGUUGAAUUCUCGGAAAGAUGUGGUAAAUAUGUAUUUACGAAAAGAUAAAAUAGAUCCGAAGCUCUAUUCUAUAUCAAUCACAUGCUAGAAAGAGGAUGACUCGGGAAUGUAAUCUUACGAUUGAAAUGCCAUGUAUUAUAA